AUGGUAUCGCAAACUUCGGUCGUCGUGUUGCUUUUUGUUGUUCUUGUUGGCGCCGUUGCUGGUGAAAAUGUAGUCUGCACCUCAAAUUUUGAAAGAAUUCUCUCUGACGAUUGUAAAACUCUCCACCGAUGUGUUUGGGGGAAGCCCGUUAAGAUGCCCGACUGUUCCCCGGGGCUCAUCUUCAGUCGGCAGUACGGGGUCUGUGUGUACCAGGGUAGCGAAUUUGACGAUUGUGGGUCAAAGAAGGGAACUGAAGACGCGUGCGUGGGUAACCCUUGCAAGAACGGAGGAGGAUGUAAACCAACGGAUGACGGGAAGUCCUUCACGUGCUCCUGCACGGCAGAAUAUGGGGGAGCAUCGUGCGAAAAGGCUCUCACCAUAGAAGAAAUCUGCAGGAGUCGGUCCUACUAUCGCGCUGCCCACCCCCAAUACUGCCAGCUGUACUACGACUGUUCCACCAAAUACACCAGGGUUCCUACUUACUUUGAACAACACAUGCGCGAAUGCAGAUAUCCUCAACUGUUCUCGGAGAAAACGUUACAAUGCGAGAAUUAUACAGAAGUGGAUUGUGGAAACAGGACAGAAUACAAGUCUGCCUGUAACUACCUUUCAAGCCGAUGUGGGUCUUCACAUUGCCUGCCAUGUUCACUACGUCAUCCAAGCUGCGAGGGAAAAGAAGAUGGCGUGUAUCAACAUGGCUACAAGACCGAGUCGCCGUGGUUCAUGGUCUGCAAAGAUGAGAGAUUUGUCUCUGAUGGGCUGUGUCCGGUGGAUCCUAUUUUAAGAGUGGAGUCACGCAUUUACAAAGGAGAAUGUAACAGCUUGUACCACAUUCCCAAGGACCAGGGAGGAAUCAUGCCCGACUGCUCGGGUCUACAGGAUGGAAACUAUAAAGAUGAACAAGGAAAUUCGGAUGUUUACUACACGUGUAACAGAGGAGAGACUUUAGUGUCGAGGUGUCCGGCAGGUCACGUGUUUGAUGAGAGUGAGCGAGUCUGCAGAGAAGAGUGA